UUAGAAAAAGCGUCGAAAAUUAGACGCGUCCAGGUGUGUGAAAAUAAGAAACGAGAAAUCGGACACUGAAAAAUUGGUCAGUGAAAAACAAAAAUAGGUUUUGAUGUUUUGCAAUUUAAUUGACGUUUGAGAAUAUGUCGUUUGCACGCACCAAGAGCAACCGUUUUGGCGACAAAAUUGAAAGACCGACAACAGCGGUCGGAUGCGGCACCCGCCAAACACCUAGCUCGGUUGGAUCCAAAUCAUUUAUACCAAAAUUCCGCAGUCUUUCGCAACCUCCGAGCGUGCAAUCGAUGAAGGACAGCCCCCGCUCCAUGGGAGAUCAGAUCAAAGAUCAACGGUUGGAGAGUCCGAUGCUGUGUGGAGAUGAACAUCUGCAAUUGGAGGCGACAAUCAAUGAGCAGUCGACGAAGAGCGAGGAGGAAUUUCGGGAUUGCCCAGAGUCCAAAAUUGAAGAUGUCAAAGAGGUUCCUAUUGUUUCGGAAAUUGUUGCUAAAACAGAUAAUGCAGUGCCGCGCAGGAACAGUUCUUCAGGUAUCCCCAUUAAAUCGCAGACUCCUAGGAGCGUGGGAAAAUCGUCGACGCCGAGGAACGUUGCGAAAAGUACGACACCGCGAUCCAUAGCGAAGAAGUCGGGUUCGACUCUCGAGAAGCCCCAGAUGAAAAGGAAUUUUGAUUUGUUCACUAUGAAGAAGAAACAUUUAGAGCAGAUGAGGAAGGAGGUCGUAGAGAAACAGAAGCCUCUGAUGGAGCUAUACCAGACGGUGCAGCAGCUCAAGAAGAAAUUGGAUGAGGGUGGACGUAUCGUGGCUUUAGAUCCGAUAAAUAUCGUUGAAUUUGAGGAUAUCUCUUUGUAUGUGUCGUCUACGGGCGGUGGCAACAAGCAAAAUUUGGACAUUUCGGCAGGUGGAGAGAAUCCAGAUUCCCCACCGCUUCAAGAUUUGAAGAGAGAAAUUCAGGAUGUGUGGCACAGUUUGGCGACAAUGUACAAGAGUUCCAUCGAGAUGCGAAGCUCGCUGUUUACGUCGAUAAAUUUGGACGAUUUGGAUAAAUUGAAGGAACAAAGCGAGACUAUAGAUAGGGGUUUGAAGAGAUCAAUAGAUGAGCAGGAGUCUUGCUUGGAUGAUCUAAUGGGGAAGCUGAACCAGCAGAGCGAGUUAUUCGCUGCAAGUGGUAGUAAGGAGAUGCUGACGAAGAUCCAUCGAUUGGAAGUGCAGCUGAAGGAGACAUCGACGGAAUUGCAGAAGACCAAGCAACAGGCUAAGGAUAGAGUGAGCGCAGAGAACGCACUAUUCGAUGAGGAAAACGGUAAGCUAACGGAGCGUAUACAUCAGUUGGAGAAGCAGCUGGAUACGGAAAAGCGCAAGCAUCAGCACGAAGUAGAGAAGUUCAGAAACGCGGAGCUUAGCAUGAAAACGUUCAAGUCGAAAAUCAAAGAUUACGAUAGUAGCAAGCAGCAGUAUGAUAGCAGGAUAUCGCAACUAUCGCAAGAUUUGAGAAACGCUCAGCUGAAGAUCAAGCAAAUGGAGAAGAACUACGAGAAAGAAAUCGCAGAGCUGAAUAAGUCACGACAUCUGGACAAGUCUGUGAUCGAGCGCAUGAACAAGGAUAGGUCAACGUUUGAAACCAGGUGUCUAAUGAGUAUAUCGCUACGCCUCUUACACGAGUUAUUCGUACCAGAUUUCACAUUUGAAUACCACCACCAAAACCGACAUUGUGCCGCGUCGUUUUUGGAUGUGACCAGACUGCAAACCGCCACUGACACGAUCGAAACCUUGCGUCUUGAGGCGGAGCAACGGGAGGCGGAGCUGCAGGAGGAGCUUGAGGCGGUGCGAAACGAAGCCGACGUGUCCAAUAGACAGAUCAUCCAUCUGCAGAAGGAGUGCGAGUUGCUCCAGAAGGAGAUCAACUCGCUGGAAAUGCACACGCAGAACGCGGCGGAUGUUAUUCACGAACAUAGAAGAGGAGGACCGGAUGGAAAGCCUGAAACAGAUAGGGAAUGCGAAUUGCAGAUUGAAGUGGUGGCACAGAGGGCGGCGAUCCGGGCGCUCCAGGAGAAGGUCGAAGCCAAUGCAACUGAAAAGUUGCGAUUUAUUGAGACCAUAGAAAAAAUGAACGGAACUCCGGAGGGUAUUCAGGAUAGCAUAGUGAAGUCGCUGGUAAAGAAGGAGGAGGAUUUGACGAGGUUUGAGCAGUUGCUGAGGAAGCAGGAGGAUACUAUCUCCAAGCAGAAGCUGGAGAUUGAUACACUAUACGCAAAGCAGGAUCACUUGCAUCGACAGAUUGCAGGAUUGACCGUGGAGGAGAACGGGGACGAGUUGAAGUCACUUCUGAAAGAGGGCAAGGUGAAGUUGGAGCAGGCGCUGAUGAAGUCGUUGGAGAACGAACACAAGAUUAUCAAGUACGAACAUGAGUUGGGCCAGAAGAAUCAGGCCAUAGCAAAUUUAGAGAAUCUGAUGAAGGUUCGGGAUGGAUUGAUUGGAGUUAUGAAGGCCAAAAAGGAUGAGAUCGCAAUGGAGAACCAGAGUUUGACAAAGUAUUCAGAAGAGAUUAGGACCUUUGUGCUCGAGAUACAAAAUCAGUUGAAGGAUAAGAGCGAGAUUAUCCAGGAGCUGCAGGGAUUGGUAGAUUCUAGAUCGAAGGAGAAUCAUAGGCACGAGAAAAGGAUAAGGGAGCUGGAAGAGAAACUUGCGAUGACGAACGAAAAGCGGUAUAAGUUGCAGGACACAGUCGGGUACAUGGAGAAGGAGCUGCAAGCGACAAAGGCGCAGAUGAAUCAGAUAGAGGAUAUGCAGACACGGUACGAACUGGGUGGUGGUGGGAGGACGGCGUCGGAUAGUACGGCAAUCAGGCCAAUAGGUUUGCAUCCAUGGACCACGAACAGUGUCCAAAUUCAAAAGCGUUACAAGUCUGCGUACGAGCAACAACAGCAGCAACAACAACAGCAACAACAACAGGUUGAUGGUGGUAUGCAACGGUCGCCACCGCAGUACAUGGUCCACAGAAACUCUGCGUACGUAUUGAACGGCGGCGGCAUCGACCAGAAUGCCAGCGUAACAGUUUUGAGUAUAAAGAGUAGCGUGACGAGGACUAAUAGACGCGUCGUCGAGCAACACCACCAACAACUGCACCAUCACCAACAACAGUUGGGGGUGGGAGGAUAUCAACAUCAGCAGGAGGGUCAGUGUUGCUCGAUGGCUGCGGCGGUGGAGACCGUUGUCGACCAACAGCAGCAGUAUCAUCAUAAGCAAAGAUGUGGUGAUGUCGCUCAUUGCGUCCCAUGCUUCAACAGUCCGCCGAAGAACCCGGUUUUCGGUGCUGGCCAAGAGUACAGGCCUCUCGUUUUCCGUGGCGUCGACCGAUACAAGGUGUCGCAUCGCGGCAACCUCCUCUGGUGUCGGCCCUCCUACGAGAUGAAAGCCAAUAACAUGCUCAUCACCAAAGACCUGAUCGCGCACUCUUGCUCUCGCAUCAAACAGAAUCUAGAUAAUAGUCUAAAAUUACUCAAUGAAACAAAGGCGGUGUCGACUCGUAGAUUUACCUGAGUGACGACGUGACCGAUUCCGACAGACGAAUCUAAGAAAUUUAUUUCUACCUAACUCAAACAAUAAAAAAAAAAUAAUGAAUAUAUAUUUCCUUUCUUCUGUUUUAGGCCAAGAAAUAAAUUUCUCAGAUCCUGGUGACGGC